AUGAACACCGCGGCGGCGUCACCCUUUCCGCUGCCGUCCGCACCACAGCGCACGAGUCCCCGACGCCGUUUACGUCGGACACGCAGUGUCGACCUCGACCCCACACCCGACACGACCCUCCCCACACCCAACCACCAACCAACCACCAACGCAUUGCCCGCCAGCCUGCCAGUCGUACCCACCCAAUCCUCACUCUCCCUCGGUACACCAUCGGGGGGAGAUCCACAAUCCCCACCACCCUCGGCCCACGAUUGUCUCGACGCAUCCUUGUCCAUGUUACACACCAGUAUGGAAAACGCCAAGGCGUACGAGUACUUGUUCGAACAACAACAACACCACCACGGCCAUACGAACUGUGUCCCCACCAAUGCCGGCCACACGGCCAACACCAAUCCUCCCGUCGGGAACGUCUCGGCGCAUUCCAACCAAGACCCAUCCUCCUCUUCCUGGUGGAUGUCGUUGGUUUCCAAACUCGAACAUUCCUACCAAAGCGAACAGCACGCACUCACGGACCGCCUCCACCAAGCCAAACGACAAACCAAAUCCUACAAGGCCGAACUCCGUGACAAUCUGCAAUCCCGAUUGGCCUACCUCGAAGCACAAGUCCAACAAGCCGCUCCGGAAACACUCAAUGAAUAUCCCGGAUUGUCACGCGUCUCGACUCUCACCACCCACGCUACCCAGAGUUCCGAAUCGGACGACGACCACUUGCUCAAUCCUGUACCCUGGAGUGCCGAUCCCGACGCCGACGACAAUGCGUACGAACAAGCCGACGCCGAACGUCCGUCACCCCAACAACUCCGCAACGCCUACGCCCAGCGCUUGCACGAGACGGAAUAUCAGCUCGAACGGGUGGUAUCGGCGCACGAAAAGGAGCGCGGCGAAUGGGCACAAGCACUGGACCACGCCGCCGCCGCAACGGCCGACGGACAAGUACUUUCCACCUCCAUGCAAGCCCAACUCGAGACUCUCUCGGCACAGGUCGAACAAUCACACCGCGCACAAAAAGCACAGUGGCAGGAACGCACAAGGGUACUCACCCAACUCCUCGAAUUGACCGAAACACAACACGCACAAGAACGCAUUCAGUGGCAACGGUCGGUCCAACACGCCACGGACGCGGAACAGGAAGCCCAAGACCUUCGCGAACAACUCGCAGCGGCGGACGACCAGCGAAUGCAAGACUCGGCCGAGACGGAAGCCUUGCGAUCGGCCUUGGCCGCGGCAGAAUCGGAACGCACCCGCGCACAGAUGGAACUCGAAACGGCCCGGACCACAGCGGAACAAGAGCUGGUCGCCGCCCGCGAGCAAAUCAGAAUCAGCCAACGACAGGUCGCCCGGUUACAGGAAAAUUUGCGCACAGCUUCGCCCGUCCUCGCAAUCCCGCGACCGUCCCCGUCGACUCCGUCCACACCAACCCGCUCAUUGAGCUUUUCGCGUCAAGACCCCGACGCCGAUUCGCCACGCCGACGCGUCGAAUGGGACGAUAAGUUGGAUCGAGCCAUGGCCGAACGAGAUGUUGCCCAACAGGAGCUGCAAACACUGCGGCGACAGUGGAACCGCCAUCUGGAAGACGGCGCCUCCCGGGAUGCGGUCGCCCACCGCCAAGCCGUCGCCGCGCUGCGCGAGGAACACGAAAUCGCCACGGAGCGUCUCCGGGACGAUCAUCAAGCCGAGUUGGAGCGCAUCCGCCACGAAGCCCGUGCCGAAGCCGAUCGCAUAGCCGACGCCAAAGUGGACGCUCUGGCCACUCGCCACCGGCACGAAUUAGAGACGGCGCGGCGGCAGCGCACCGAAGUUGUGACACACGACGCUCGCGGAUCAUCGUCCAACCCAUCCGACGACGUACCGCCCGUGGUGCAACCCGAGCUGGCCCGCAACGGGCAACCCGUCGUGUCGGAAAAGCGAUACCGCGAUUUAGUGGAAAAGCGUAACGAGCUCGUAUCUCGGAUUCGUAAAAUGGAAGAACAACACGCCAACGAUAAGGGUUCUUGGAAACUCCAGCUCGAAGGAGCUCUUGCGAACGGCCGCCGAUUGGAGGAAGAAAAACAGACGGCGUUGGAGGACUUGGAGUCCUUGCGAGCCGAGUACCGAACCUCGCAACAAUCAUUGGAAACGCUUAUGCAACAGGCCGAGCGAGAAGAUGGAACAGCGAGGAUGGACGAGUUACGCCAGUCCUUCCAAUCGGAUUUGCCAAUAUGGAAAACUCGUUGCGCCGACCUGGAAUCAGAAAAGGAGGAGAUCUUAGCAGCCGCCGAAAUUGAAAAUGCCCAACAGCUCAAGGCCAUGGAUCAGCAACUGGCGGAGGCGAAGAGUAUACACGGACGCAAAUUUACCGAGCUAGAAACCGGGCAUGCGGACGCUAUUGAGUCUUGGAAGAUCCGUGUUGCGGAACUAAAUGCCGACCAUCGCGUCGCAUUGGAGACUCUACGAUCGACCCAUGCGGACGCCAGGGAAGGAUGGCAAAUCCGCCUGGCAGAUCUGGAAAAAGAAUGCCGAGAAUUACGCGCUGUCCGAGACUCCUUCCUCAAAGAGAUUCAAGAGUGGAACAACCGAGUUGAGACCGUUCGGCAAGAGAGCAGGCAAGAUUUGGAAACUCUUGCCGAAAGCCGCUGCAGGGAAGUUACCGAAUGGAAGGACUGCGUUCAGGACAGGGACCGACGCAUCGUUCUUCUGGAAAAAAGUCACGCGGAAGAUUUGCGAGAGUGGAAAGACCGUCUCGACGCGACACUCGAGGCGAAUUCGGAGCAGCUGGAAGCGCUACGCGGCAGUCACGAUGCAGAAAUGAGUGAAUUACAAGAGGAGCUCCAAUCCGCCCGCAAAGAGGUAGAGGAGCUGGAAGCUCGGUACGAAGAGCAGCUUGUCCAAAAGACCGACGAACUGCACGUGUCCCGCAGUGAAACCGAAGGGGUAUUGGAUCGGUCCAACGAUUUGAUGGAGAGCCUGGAGGAGCUCCGCGAAUCUCACCGGAUUGCAAAAGAAGAAUGGGAAACCAAAUUAAGAGACGCGAUUCAGGAUCGCGACGCCUAUAUCAAAGAAUUGGAGGCCAAUCGUGAACAUACCGGCAAUGGGGGCUGGCAGGAUUACGCCUCACAUCUCCAAACAAACCAAGCAGUGAUAUGCAAGGCGGUGGAUGAGGUCCGCAAGGAUGUUGUUGCGGUUCGAGAAACUUUACAGGACUCUGCGAAGACCACAUCGGUGAUUGAGAACGCGAACUAUGUGGAACUCCGGGAAGACUUGGAGCACAUACAGAUAAGCUUGAACGGGGCCGUGGCCGACUUGACCCUAGAAACGGAAGCGAUGAUGGAGAGUCGGAAGGACAUCAAUUCGCUAAUCCACAAUACCACUCGUGGACCGGACGCAGGAUUGGUAGACAAGCAAGACAAGCUCAUGUCCGAAAUCGGCGACUUACGGGAAUCAUUUCAGAAAUACAUGAAGUUGACUUGUCCACCGGAUGUAGCCAUUCAGGAUACGAUAAGAUUGGAAAUGGUUGCAGAACUGCAGCGGAAGGAGAAUAUGUUCUUACAUGUCAAAACGGAAGUUGAGCACUUGACAGAACGCGUAGCUUCCGAACAGGAAGUACGCCAAGACGCAGAGAAAGAAGUGGCAAAGCUCAAUGACCAAGUCGAUGCCUAUAGUGAAGAGUUAAUGCACUUGCAGGCGGUAAACGCUGGUUUGGAGGAGACGCUUCGGGAAGCUGAACAACGCAUAGAAGACGCCAUGAAGAUCGGGCACUUCGUUGAUCCCGGUGAAAUGGAUCCGGAAAAUGACACGGACUCUUCCAAAUUCUACGGAUAUACGUCACCUUUACUCGAAGAAGCUCUGGCUUUAGCCGAAGGACUCACGGAUAUCGUGCAUGGCCGUGGUGACUACAAAAAGGAGUCGAGCGUCAUGGAUAUGCUGGAAUCGAUUUCGGAACUCAUCGACGAGCACGAAAAGCGUUCGCCAGUUAAAGCUGCAGUGCCAGAAAACGAGGCUACCGAGAACGCUGUAUCGCACUCCUCGCUUCAUCACUUUAGCAGAAUUGAAGAAUUAGCGAAGGGGAAUGUCGCUAAUGUUUUGGGGGACCGUCUUAACGCUGUAGAUGAUCAGCACGAGCCGGAGCCCGUCACAAGCCCACAUCAAUCCCCGGACGUGACCAGUAUGGCUAUGGAGGACUUCUCCUCAUCGACAUUGUCCCUGGUGGUGGAUCAACUCUACAGUCGUUGCCAGCUACUCGAACGCGAACCAUGGGGUUUUGCGAGACGUUAAAGGCGAAGAAAGGAAAGCACCAUCUUUGUAAUACAGUUACUAUUACUGUU